AUGGGACUCGAACAGCAAUCCGAUGUGCUAGGAAAAUGGUAUUCUCCGGCGGAGCGCACGCCAGACAACGGUAACCGUCUGAUCGACUCAUGCGAGCAGUCGGACCUUAUCAUAGCUUCCACGUUUAAGAGGAAUCAUCGACGCCAUCAGCUCACGUGGCAGGGCUCGACUACAUUCUGGCGAAGAACAUCCCUCAGUCAGAUAUCCGAAAAUAUAGAGCUGUUUGGGACGUCGCGUUCGACUCUGACCACCGUCCAGUUCUUCUCAGCUUCAAAAUACGACAGGAGGUUCCACAAAAGAAACCGAGGAGAUCCUCUUCAACCGAAAAUUGACAAAGCAGGUCUGAAAGAAGAAGAAUGCAGAAUGAAAUUCCGUCAACGUGUGUCUGUUCAUGUCGGAGUACGGACCAGGAAGAAGCUCAGCGAUGCGGAUUCCCUCAAAAAGUGCAUCCAGGACGCUGCAAGGGAAACGCUCCUGGUUCUAUUGCCGCGGAAGAAGUUUGCCUUUGCAUCUGCGGAAACAAAUUCCACGUACAAUUUUGUAUGUGCCGCUCGCAGCAUUGGUGACUUCAACCAGGAAAAGCGUCUUAGAAGGAAGGUGCGUCGUCAACUGCAACAAGACCGCGAUAACGAGUGA